AUACUGGCGGACUGGCCGAGGACGCGCGGCGGGACAAGAUGGCGGCGCUGGUCAGGCUCGGGGCCGCUGUCGGGCGGUCGCAGGUGCGGGAGCCGCUGAGGAGCAUCACAGGCUCGGAGUCUGCCGUUCGACAUUUCUCUGUUUCGGCCUCUCUGAGGAACGAGUUCCUCCUCUGGGACCGAUGCCCAACGAGGAGAUUGACGUGAACGACCUGGACUCGCUGGAGAAGUACCGCAGCUACAAGCGCUAUCUGCAGGUGGCGGAGAAAGCGAGGCAGCAGACUGCCUGGUGGAGAACGUAUCAGCAGUACGUCCAGGAGCCAAGUACAGAGAAGAUUGACAUUGGUCUGCCUCAUUUCAGAGGGUCACGGAGGAAGGAAUGGAAGGAACGGAGAGACAUAAUCAAGGAGAAUCGCAGAAACAGUGACCUUGAGAGCGCGGCAAGGCACAGGACAUUGCUGAUUUCUCUGGAUAAAGUGAAAGCUGAAUGGGAGAAAACCUGCGGCCCUUACCACCUAAGGACCCUGAGUGAGCACUACGGAGUUUACAGAGAUCUCUUCCGCAGCGCCACCUUCGUCCCACGUGUGAUGCUCCGCGUUCAGUACGAACUCAGUGAGGACCUUGUGCCAGUGUAUCACGGGAACGUGGUGACUCCCACAGAGGCAGCGGCUCCUCCUGAGGUGUCCUUCGAAGCGGAAGCGGGGUCUCUGUGGACUCUUCUCCUGACUAAUCCAGACGGCCACCUGAAAGAGGAUGAAUCUGAGUACGUCCAUUGGCUUGUAGGCAACAUUCCUGGGGAUUCUGUGCGGGAAGGAGAUGAAAUCUGCCAUUAUUUCCCCCCUUUCCCCGCUAAAGGAACCGGAUACCAUCGAUUCAUUUUCAUCCUAUUCAAACAAGAUGAACGCAUCGACUUCAAGGAAGACUGUAGGCCCUCCCCAUGUCAUAACCUGGAGAGGAGAACCUUUACGACAUUUGAUUUCUACAAGAAGCACCAGGGUUUGAUGACACCUGCUGGACUGGCAUUCUUCCAAUGUCCCUGGGACGAGUCUGUCACAAACACGUUCCAUACACUUCUCGAUAUGAAGGAGCCUAUCUUUGAGUAUGAUUUCCCUCCAGUUUACCACCCACCUCAGAGGAAGUACCCACACGCUCAGCCCCUGCGCUACCUGGACAGGUACAGGGACACCCACGAGCCCACCUAUGGUAUCUACUGAUCCCACAACAGCUUCCGCUCCGACCCCGACUCUCAUGGCAGAGGCUGAGGCCCGAGGUCAGGUCUGCUCCUUCAGUGACGUUUGAUAUGACCUUCUCAAAACCUCCUGCAAUUGAACAAAAAUAAAUAUUUUUAUAAUACGUUGGGAUUAUGGCCUGGAGAGGAUGGGAAUGUGCCCAUGAGAUAACUUGCGCUCUGUCUCCUGUGUGUGUUGGUCCUGACUGUGGAUUGGGUGACAAAAGAGCACUGAAUUUUUCUUUAGGGUUUCAAACCCAUCCCUCAAUACACUGAGGAAUUGUGUGUCAGCCUGGCUCCGCGGAGCACUCUCCCUGCGGAGUCAGAACACUGCGGGUCCGAGCAUCGCACCUGGACUUUGACACUCCAGCAUCACCAAGUUUUGUAAUUUUGUUGUUGUUGUUGUUGUUGUGGCACAGUGCUGGGGAGUGGGGGGCAGGGGUAGUUUUCUCGGAAGUGCCAUCCUUUGGAUGAGAGAUUAACCUGAUGUCCCAUCUGCCUGUACAGUCGGAGGUUCAAGAUGAAAUAAUAAUAAUAAUAAUAUAUUGCUUGUUACAGCGCCUUAUCCCGUCUUUGAGACGUCUCGAAGCGCUUCCCGGGAUACGCUGUGAAGUGCAUUAAUGGCGCUAUUGGAAUACAGGAAGGAGUUUCUCUCUCGCGCUGUCCGGGCGAACAGAUCCCCGCAAAAUAAAAGUGGCUGUUUGCCUCGGUGGCUGUUUGUAAACA